UCAACUGUAGGUUGUGUGCGAAUUACGCAUUGACAAAAAUCGCAAAAUUUCGGUAAAAAUUGCAUAAAACUUUCGCUAGUUUUUGUAUAGCAAUUAUUUUAUUAGCAUCAGGUUUCACCAUGUUUCAUGAAAUCUACCAAAUCUAUGCGAUGGCAACUUCUUAAAUCCGGUGCUACUGUUCCAAUAAAACCAGGGGAUAUUUGUUCGUUACUAAAAGAUAAAUGUUGGUUUAAAGUUGUAUUAAUGUCUGACACCAUGGAAAGCAAUGAGGAACAUGCCUCGAAACGAAAAGCUCUAACAGCUGUAGAUUGUGAUUUACCUUGUAAAAAGCCUUGUUCAGAAUCAGGGGAAGGGGAUGUUAAAGUAACAGAUGAAAUGAUUAAUAUGAACAAAGAGAAUUUGUUGAAUAACGAAGCUGUUACUGAUGUAGCAGUUCGAAAUAUCAAGGAACCUCAUUGUACAAGUUCCACAAAUGAGGAUAAAAUGCAUGCAUUAAAUGUUAAGUUAAUAUGCAUGCCUGAGAGUACAGAUCAAUCUUCUUCAUUAGUGCAAGCUGAAUGUAAACUUCAAGACACAAAUGAAAUAAUUUCCAAAAAUAUUACAAGUAAGGAAACUCCUGCCAUCAGAAGGGAAAAAUGCAAAUAUGGAAAAAAAUGUUACAGGAGAAAUUUACAACAUAAAGCUGAAUUUUGUCAUCCUGAAGAUCCUGACUAUGAUAUUCCAGAUGACAGAAAAGAAUGUCCUUAUGGUAUGCAAUGCUAUCGUAAGAAUCUUCAACACACGAUGGAGUACAAACAUAUUGUGUCAAGCGAAUCUCGUAAAUAUCGUAAAAAAACUCCCACACGAGUGCCUUCAAGUACUUUAUCCAACAUAGAGGAUCUAUCUACAGAUGAAUCAGAAGAAGAAUCUAUAGAAGAAUCUGAAUAUGACCCUUCUGACGAUGCAGAAUAUUCGUCUGAUGAUGAACAAUUAUUCGAAUUUCUAGAUGAUAGUUAGUACAUGGAAAGAGGGGAUUAAUACUUUUCUACAUUGAAAAGUUCAAUGGUUAUUUUUAUAUAAAAACUGAUGUACUAUAUAUUAAUGUAAUAAAAAUGAAAAGAUAAAAAUAUA